AUGUUAGGCAUUGAGCCCUUCUUCAAAGACAAAGACGAAUGCGCUAAUGAGGAACUGAACAAGUUUUUCCGGGAAACUAUAAAGCGAUCUCCUGAGGGAAGAUGCAUUAUCAGCUUACCAUUCAAACCCAACAAAGAGGCAUUGGGGAGCAACCGCAGAUUAGCGGAAAAUAGACUGCGAAGUUUGCUCAUUCAAGCAAAAAAAACUCCCAAGUUGUUGAAGGCUAUCGACGACGAGAUAAAUGACCUCCUCGAGCAGGGAUUCGUGGAACCGGCGAGGUCGCCGAGACCAGGUGAGGAAGCUCACUAUUUACCGCUGCUCGCGGUGGUCAAAAAGGCAGCGUCGUCAGCGGAUAAACUGAAGGUACGGGUAGUAAAUGAUGCGGGGGCGCGCUCCAAAGACGAGGCCGGUCUGAACGAUGUACUGUUUCAAGGAGAAAAUCUCAUUGCGGAUAUCCUAAUAAUUCUGCUCAGGUUUAGACAAUUGCGAAUUGUCAUCACCGCCGAUAUUGAAAAGGCGUAUCUCCUAUUCGAAAUUACGAGCGAGCAUCGCACAUUCCUUAGAUUCUUAUGGCCAUUGGGAAUUGGCACCAACCCUAAGGCCGACAUCAGGGAGUUUCAGUCCUGUAGAUUGUCCUUCGGACUGAUAUCAGCACCUGGGCUGCACUGCGCAGGCAUUAGACAUCAUCUGACCGAAAAAAUGCAAAAGCGCCCAGAGCAUCGAGAGCCACUCGAGUUUAUCACACAACACUUCUAUGUGGAUGAUAUCCUACUCGGAACGAAGUCGAUCGAGGAAGGGAAGAAGAGAGUCACAACUUUGGUUGAGGUUUUCAAGGCGGGGUGCUUUCCUUUGAAGAAAUUCGCAACUUCCUCGAAGGAACUCGGUCGAUUCAUUCAGGAAAAUUAUCCCGAUGCGUCAGUGACUUCCGAGGAGGUCAACGCGAGGUUUCUCGGUGUGAGAUGGAACCAACAAAAUGAUUCGGUUCACAUCGACGUUGCGGCGACGAUCGCGUUUCUCGAAGGCAGCAGGCCGACCAAGAGAGCUUUGCUCAAGGUGGCGAGUCAGAUAUUCGAUCCACUGGGCUUGGUGUCUCCUAUUACGAUCGGUUUCAAAGUGCUGCUUCAGAGGCUUUGGCUGAAAAAACUCGAUUGGGAUGUCCCACUCUGCGGAGAUGAACUAAGCGAGUACAAGGAUUUAGGAGCGAAACUAUAUACAAUAAACUUGCUCACGUUCGAAAGAAAUUUCGCGUCGACCGAUGAGAAAGGAGUUACAGAACUUCAUGUAUUCUGCGAUGCGAGUCUGAAAGGUUAUGGCUGUGUAGCCUACACAAGAAACAUCGAUAGUAAAGGAAAAAUCGUGACAACCUUAAUCAUGGCAAAUGCGAGAGUAGCCCCGUUGAAGGGCGAUUGGUCAAUCCAUCGCUUAGAACUGCUAGGCGCGGUCAUCGCAGUUAGAAUCGCAAAGAAAAUCAAGCAGGCGAUGCUCAGGGAAUUCGACACAACAAACUUCUGGUGCGACAACGCCUGUGUUUUAGCCUGGAUCCGCGACCGUCCAGAUCGGUGGAAAGCCUUCGUAGAGAAUCGGAUUAAAGAGAUUCAGGAGGCAUCCGAGAGUGACGAGUGGCGUUAUAUUAGGUCAGUGGAAAAUCCAGCUGAUCUACUCAGUCGAGCUUCGGCUCUGGAUUCGAAAGAACUGAGAGAAUUUUGGAUACACGGUCCGUCUUGGCUGCGGUCAACAGACAAGCCGGAGUCCCACGCGUUGAAUCCGAAGUCGAGUGAGGUCGAGGUCUCUCAUGAACGAAGAGCUCAAUGCUUCGUGGGAUUGACCACAGGAUUCAACUCAAGCCAAGUACUCGGUCUCAAACCAUUAUCAUCAUGGCCCGAAGCCGUUAGAAUCAUUGCGUAUGUACUGCGGUGGAGAGAUCCGAAUCGAAAUAAGUUCGUGGGUGUUGAAAAUAGGUAA